CUUGAUAAUAUUUUAUAUUAUAGCUGGGGCUAAUUCAUUUUUAUUUAUAGGAAAAUGUUUAUUGGUGGAUUAAACUGGGAGACAACCGAUCAGUCACUACGGGAUUAUUUUUCGCAAUUUGGCGAAGUGACAGAGUGUACAGUUAUGCGAGACGGGGCUACUGGUCGAUCACGCGGUUUCGGAUUUCUUACAUUCAAAGACCCUAAGACAGUGAAUAUUGUUAUGGUCAAAGAGCACUUCUUGGAUGGCAAAAUUAUUGAUCCGAAGCGAGCGAUUCCGCGAGAUGAGCAAGAGAAAACCAGCAAGAUUUUCGUCGGAGGUGUCAGUCAGGAGACUACUGAGCCAGAAUUUAAGGACUACUUCGCUCAGUUCGGUCGAGUUGUCGACGCUACCCUUAUGAUGGACAAAGAUACCGGCCGUCCUAGAGGAUUCGGAUUCGUUACAUUUGAAAGCGAAGCAGGUGUCGAUGCCUGUCUCAGCACGCACCUAGAGAUCCACGGUAAACCAAUUGAGGUCAAGAAGGCUCAACCGAGAGGAAACAUGCGAGAGGAGGAAGAGACCUCGAGACGUGGCAAAUUCAGGAAGCCAGGCAUGGACGACCAAGCUAGCAACCAAAAUCAGAUGGCUAGCCAGAUGGCUCAAGGAGGAAUGACACCCCAGGUCAUGGCUCAAUACAUGCAAAGAAUGCAACAAUACAUGGCAUUGAUGCAGCAGCAGCAGAUGGCUAUGAAUCGGGGCAUGGGCAUGAACGCCAUGAACCCAGCUAUGAUGCAGAUGAUGCAAAUGCAACAGAUGCAACAAUUACAGCAACAGAUGGCCCAAGGAGGCGCCAGCCAGAGCGCCCAGAAUAAUGCCAUGGCAGCAAUGGCCAAUAUGAAUCCAGCUCUCAUGCAGCAAAUGCAACAGCAGAUGAUGGGUAACGGAGGCGCCGGCCAAGGUCAGGGUCAAGGCGACGGAAACCAACAAGGAUUUAAUGAUUUCAACCAAGGACAGAUGUUUAACUCGCGCGGUGGUGGCGGUCGACGUGGUGGUCGAGGCGGAUAUAACCAGAAUUAUGGUGGUAACAUGGGUGGUGGAGAUCCAACCUCCUGGGAAGGCAUGUACGACGAUAUCCCUCAGCCCAACUUCAACCAAGGAGGCCGUGGUGGAUUUCAUCGGAACCGAGGCGGGCACCAAGCUAGUCCAAGCCCUUCUGACCCUAACCACGCACCGCCAGCUAACGCACCUACUGGUCCAAAGAAUGCGGGCAAACCUGGCGCGAAUUACCGCGGCGGUGGCCGGGGCGGAAAUAGAGGCUUCCAUCCCUACGGCCGCUAGCAGCGUUAGGUAGUUUGGAUUCCUUUCCCGUGUCUGCCUUUAUACAUGGCGGAAAUCAUUGGAGCGAUGGACAUUGACCUGGAUAGCUUUCACGAGCUUACGAGUGAAUGAUGAC